CUUGACUUAUUUAUUUCUGCCCUUCAAGACGCCGUGUUAUCCUGUGAGUUCAAGACAGAAAAAGACCAGAACCCUCGAAUUGAGUGGAAAAAAAAAGGAAAAGGAGUGACUUUUGUUUAUUUCGACAAGAAAUUUGCAAAGUCCUACGCAGGACGGGCCAAGAUAGAGGGGGCGACGCUGACAAUACACUCAGUCACCCAGAAAGACUCGGGGGAAUAUCGCUGUGAGGUAACCGCCAGCGAAGACCACGUUAACCUCGGAGAGGCCACUGUGACCCUCAAUGUGCUCGUGCCUCCUCACGUCCCGUCAUGCGAGGUGCCGAGCUCGGUGUUUGCCGGCACCGGCCUGGAUCUGCUCUGUAAGGACAAGCUCAGCGUGCCUCCGGCCACCUACCGCUGGUACAAAGACAACAAGGCUCUGACGGCCACGGGAGGCGCUCCGUACAGCAUCGACACAAACAAGGGAACAUUGAAGUUCAAGAGCGUGUCCACAGAAGACACGGGGAUGUAUCGCUGUGAGUCCUCCAACAGUGUGGGGGCGCCAAAGAGUUGUGUAGCCAAGCAGCUCACAGUUGUUGAAUAUCCGUGGAAUAUGACCAUGUUGAUAGCAGGUGCGUCAGGAUUUGUGGCGCUGAUCCUUUUCUGCUGCAUCUGCAUCUGUAUCUGCCGCCGCAGAGGCUGCUGCAAGAAAAGCAGGAAGACAAAAACCUCCAAGUCCUACAACCCUCCUCCGCCUCCUCCGCCUCCUCCUCCCACCCGCAAUCUCAAGCACUACAAACAAACUCAGUCCUUCAUGAUCUGAGGGGACAGCGUCGAUUUUGCCAAAUAACCAAAGUGUGCGGCAGGAACUCGGCGGCUCUGCUGCAGGCGGAGAAAUCUUCAGCCUUCAGGCGAAGCAGAUGUUUCCAUCCUGCGUUGUGGGUUUUUGUCCAGUGGAAGUCCCGAUGAUACCCGGCCAAGUGUACAGCUUCAUUACUUUUCCACAUCCUGUAUGAUAUUUGUCACUUAAUGUUUUUUUCAGUUYUUGUUUUGAGAGCAGGUGUUAAGCUCUUUAAGCCACUCAUAGGUCAGUGUAUAUCUUAUUUUUGGUAAACCUGUAUAUAUAUAUUUGGUUAUAAAUGCUGCAUGUUGGUUUUGGUUGACUCUGAUAUGUAAUAUUUAAUGUUUCUAGUCUUUUUUUCUAACAUUUAAUUGAGCUCUUUGUUGAUCUGAUGCUGUUUUUCCUUGUAAACAUGUUUUUUUAAAUAAUUGUUUGAACAGGUGUCUGCACACACUGAACAGUAUUGUAGAAGUUUAAAAAUCGUUCUUSCUUAUAUUUUUGAGAAAUCUUAGCCUAUACUCAAUAAAGACUGCUGGGUAAAUAUGCAUAUUGGGUUUAAUGGUGCUCAGUGUAAAGCAUACGACAUCAUGCUCGGCAUCGGCACCAGAUUUGCUCCAAACAAUUCUGAUUCAGAUUCAGAUUUAUUYGUAUCCCAAAUGAAAAAUUGAUGUUACAGCAAGUAUAAAAACUAAAAGACAAAGUAUCAAAGCUACAAAAAUAAAAAUAAAAAACAACAAAACAAACCAAAAAGACAUGGAAUACAAAUCAAUACAAAAUGGGAAGAGUACGGCAGCGAAUUUCAUUAUUGUCUGUCGGUUGCUACAAACACUAAAUCAGGUGCAAGUCCCCCUGCCUCGUCCUGCAUUAAAAAUAAAAUAGUGCUUGUACCUGUUACCUUUUAUGCUAAGAAGUCUGAGCCAGAAGGCAGAAACUGGAACUCGGCAUGUAAAGGAUGAGAAGUAUCAGCAAUAUAGGCUUUAGUUUUAAUAAUGAUUUGGUUUUUACACAGUUCUGAAAGUGAGCAUUGUUCAACUCCUAAUAAGCAGAUCUUAUUACUAGUAUGKAUUACUCUGCUAAGGGCAUUUUUUGACCUAAUUCUAAGAUUUCCAAACCARCAGAGGAGGGAAAAACAGUCAACACAGAAACUUUGCGAGCCUCCUUAGACAAAAUAAUCUUURCUGGCCCUUUUGUUGUAGGUUUUCUGAAUGGCAGGUAAAUUUGAACGUAUUAUCCAAAAUAGCUCCAAGAUAUUUGUAGUUCUCUGCUGUCUCCACUGUCUGACCUUUAAUUACUGUACAAAUACUGACGUUUYUCCCCCCAUUUAGACCAAAGAUGAAAAUGAUGGUGGAGGUGCAGAAAUYUCUCACAUAUGUAGGGAAGCUAAACAGAUGUGAGAAAGUCAAGAGGAACAUCCUAGACGUUAUACUGGUGGCAYUGAGUACUAACAACACAUUACAAUUUCCUUUACACCAUUUUUUUAUUUUUUUUUCAAAUAAGCUGUGAUCUGGUGACGUUCAAAUAAUCUUGGAAAGCCUGAAUAAUGCAGGGCUGUGUUACUGCAGCCUAACUCACACAGAUUUUUGCCAUACUGUGCCUCUUCUGAAUUUUAUAUGAAUAAAUGUGAGAUAAACUCUG